AUGGACGACGUCAAGGUGGAAGUGCGGUCGGCACUUGAGGAGCACCUCCGGGGCAACGAUGGCCAGUACGACAUGCUCAAGGAGCUCUUCGCAAACGACAAGCAGAGAUACCUGCCGCCAGUCGUUGGCGAAGAGGAUGACACAUUGAAGCCGCACGAGCUGCAGGUAUAUGUCAUGGCGCUGACCAGCUGUGUCCCUAUCCUGAAAGGCAAGGAAUGCAAUGGCCUCGUCAAGACUAUCCUGCAGUGUUCGUGGCUGGGUCGCGACGCCGCCUUCACCAAGGUUUUCACCCACUUCCUGGCUGCGUUGGUUAGCGCCCAAGGCUCCUACCUCGUGCCCGUCCUGUCAACCAUGGUUGAGAAGUUCCGCGAUACCAGUUCAUCGGCCUGGUCAGUCCCCGACUUCCCCGAGGUCAGUCGGGAGACGAUGCGCGAACGUCUGCACUCGAGCAUCCGAUACCUUUUACAAAUGUUCCCGUCAGCAGCGGCAGUACUGGAGAACCUACUGAGCGCCAAGUUUCCAUUUCCCGACGAGUCGGUGCGGAUACACAUGGCAUACAUUCAUAACUUACUCCACGUCAAGGACUAUGUGCCGGACCUUCGGGACGAAAUACUAGACCUCAUUCUCAAUCGAGUUGUCAAGAUCGAUUCGCAGAUGCAGGUAGAUCUGGAGGACCUCGACGACGACGUCACCGCCGCCGUUAUGUACGCGCUGCGGGAGAACCAACAACGAAUGUCAACCUUGGAAGACGACGAUUCGGACGAUAGCGACAAUGAAUCGGUGGAUAGUGACGACCUGGACUACGACCAAGAGGCGGCCAGGAUCAAAACUGUCAAGGAAAGCGUUGAGAAGAUGGAUGCAGUGCUGGACACUCUUUUUGGCUUAUUCGCGCCGCAUUUCCUGAACCCAGGAUCCGACAAGGCUUUCGACAUGUUCACCAUUAUCCUGCGCGAGUUCGACCACAUUGUCUUACCGACUUACAAGUCGAGACACACGCAAUUCCUCAUUUUCCACUUUGCGCAACAACACGAGCGGCUCACGGACGCAUUUUGUGGCCAACUAAUCGCGACGGCCUUCCAAGGCAAUACCCCAAAUGUGCUGAAGCAAGCCGCCGCAGCCUACCUGGCGAGUUUCGUUGCCAGGGGCGCGCACGUACCCGGGAGCCUGGUGCGGACCAUGUUUAUGCUCCUCCUUCAUCACCUCGAGCAGUAUCGGAAGAAGUAUGAGCCUCUCUGCCGAGGUCCGGAUCUAAAGCGGUUCCAUCCUUACUACUCUCUCGUGCAAGCGACCCUCUACAUCUUUUGCUUUCGCUGGCAAGACCUGGUAGUGUCCGCGCCGGAGGUGGUUGACCCCGAGGACCCGGCGUCGUACAUUGGGCAGGACUUGGAGUGGGUGGGAUCCUCGCGAAAGGACCUGUCUAUCCAGAUCUUUGGCAAGCUGAACCCGCUCAAAGUGUGCGCCCCGGUCAUUGUGGAGGAGUUCGCCAAGCUUGCGCACCGGCUCAACUUCAUGUACAUCUACCCCUUGGUGGAGAGCAACAAGCGUGUCCGACUUUCGCAAUACCUUUCGGCCACGUACGCUACGGGCGGCGCGUUGCGGGACUCGGGGUAUGAAGCGCAAGGGGAAAGCUUCCACCAGUUGGAUCCGUACUUCCCGUUCGACCCGUACCAAUUGCCCAUCAGCAAGCGAUGGUUGGUUGACGACUACGUGCAUUGGAAGUCGGUGCCCGGGUUGAACGCAGACGACGACGACGACAGCGACGAGAUGGAUGACGAUGAAGAUGGCGAUAUUGAAGAGGGCACGGCGACGGAUAGUGAAGUCGAUGAUUUCGAGUGA